CAGCAUCAGCAAUCCCUCAUUGUACUUUUACAUUUCUACCCUUUCCAUUCAGAUCUAAUCUGGACCGUCCAUUCCAAUUCCCGAAAAGAAAAUUAAAAUUGCAUAUUCCUUUUACCGGCCGCUUCCCUUUGCGCUAAAUUAAAAGGCAAACGCAAAAGCAAAAACUCCUCGAAAAACUGCGAUUCAAAAUUGUGGGCUACACACAAGUAGAGAGAGAUAGAGAUAGGACGUAGAGAUAGAGGGUUAGAGAGAGAGAGAGAGAGAGAGAGAGAGAGAGAGAGAGGGCAUUUUGGGAGAAGAAGAAUGUCGGGAGGAAUUGCUCGCGGGCGGCUGGCUGAAGAACGGAAGGCUUGGCGGAAGAACCACCCUCAUGGUUUUGUGGCUAAACCUGAGAGUCUUCCCGAUAGUACAGUUAAUUUAAUGGUGUGGCACUGUUCGAUCCCGGGGAAGGCAGGGACUGAUUGGGAGGGCGGUCAUUACCCCCUUACAAUGCACUUUAGUGAAGAUUAUCCAAGCAAGCCACCAAAGUGUAAAUUUCCGCCAGGUUUUUUCCAUCCUAAUGUGUAUCCAUCUGGAACUGUUUGCCUGUCGAUUCUCAAUGAAGAUAGUGGUUGGCGGCCGGCAAUUACUGUGAAGCAAAUUUUAGUUGGUAUCCAAGAUUUGUUGGACCAGCCUAAUCCGCUUGAUCCAGCUCAAACUGAGGGCUACCAUAUGUACAUCCAGGAUCCUGUGGAAUACAAGAAGCGGGUUCGGGCGCAGGCCAAGCAAUAUCCUUCUCUGGUCUAAGAUCUGGAUGCAUAUUCUCUAUUUUCUUAUCAUCGGUGUCUAGUUUCAUCGUGCAAAGUUGUUGCUGUGAAGGUUGCUUUAAAUUUAAAUAGACAAGACUAUUUUGUGCCGAAGUGGUAUGGCGAUGGGAUUUACAAGACUAUGUUGUUACUUAUAACUAGUGUGUGUGUGUGUGUUUUCUUGUUAAAGGGACAAGUGAAUUUAUCUAUAUAAUGCAUUCAGAGCCCUAAUCUUGUUGUGGCAAAAUUUGUUGGAUAUAGUUUGUGAUUAUAUUGUAUUUCCGGAAUUGUGAUGUUUUAGAUAGCCCUUUAAUGCACACAUGAUUGUCCAACUUA